AUGUCCAGCUCAAGCUCCGGUCUUUUUGCCGGCCCACUGUCAUAUCACACUGCAGACACUUCGGUUGACUUUGGCAGUAUUGCACUUUCCUCCGUACUAAGCUCGAGCCUCAGCUCUGUUAGUAUUGGAAUGGGAGGCCAACCUGCCAAGACGGGAGCGGAAGAAGCUGGAGACCAAGAAGGCGGCUCAUCCACAAUGAUGUUACCGGCUUUUAACACCGAUGGUGAUGUCUCAGACGACGACCAUGACUCCUUUGUUGGGUUGCAAAGGCAUCAAACUGGGGACGAAGAAGACCUUCUUUUCGACGAUGGGUACGGCGUCGAUGGCCAACAGCUUCCGGGGCUGGAUGAUAUGCUUGCAGCCCCAGCGCCUGUGGUCAAAUUACGCAAGCCACGUCUGAGUGUGUUUUCGUCUUGCGAAGAUUUGCAGCACGCCUACAAUAUCGCGCCGGUGGUAGAGAGAGAGUACGAACAGUCGAUAAGCAGCGAUAUACUGUCUCACGCGGGGCCUUUCCAGACACAUAGGCCGCGGUCGUCAAGAAGGCAUAGUCCAGCCAGCGGCUCGGAAACAAAGCGUGCCACUGCGUCUAAUCCAGACUAUAUCGGUGGCUUGACGCACACUACUAGCAGUCGCAAACAUCGCCCCCACGCUAUCUACUAUGGCUUACAUCGUCUGGCAAGCAACAUGGGCGAUGAAACUAUUGAGGAAGAGAACAUUGAAAAAUCCGAUGGCGUCUCUGCUGAUCGUCUACGCAAGGAGGUCAAGUCGGAACAUCGAGCCUCAAUCGUCAGCAUGGCAUCAGAGAGCCAUGUUUAUGACCUCCUCAAAACCAUCGCUUCUGACAGCACGGUUGCUGGAAGUGAUGAUGGCGAAGAUUCGCGCCACAAUGAAGCUGAGCUCAGCGAUGACGAGAAAAGUGCAGAUGACGCCCCAUGUGCAGCAGACAGGGAAGACGCCGAUAUCGACCAGAUUCGCGAAGCAUUUCCCAGUAUGUCUUCGGGCGUUGAAGAAGCCCAAGUCUAUGCCAGUUAG